UUCUCUAAAUGGAAAUGCAGUUAUGUUCAAAGCCACCAAGAACAAAAGGCCACACUAGUAUAUCCACCACAUGGUAUACAUUACAGGUUUUCGUCCCCGGAUUAUUUUGCUCUCGCUCUCAGACAUUCCCAAUUCCCCAUCUAUAUGGGUUUAGUGUUACCGGAGUUGGCAGCCAGCAGUGGCAAGAUGAUGAAGUGGAUGUGCCUGAAUUUACUUCUUGUGCUGGUUCUCUCCGGUGCCGCAAUGUCGCAGAACAUCACUACUACUCUGCCUGGUUACCCUGGUACACUCCCAUUCAGUCUUGAAACUGGAUAUGUGGGUGUGGGAGAUUUGGAUGAAUUGCAGUUCUUUUACUACUUCAUCGAGUCACAGAGGAACCCUGUAAGGGACCCUCUCUUGCUUUGGCUUACCGGAGGCCCUGGUUGCUCUGGUUUCUCUGGCCUUGUCUAUGAAAUCGGUCCAUUAACUUUCGAUUAUGUAGCCUUCAAUGGUAGCUUUCCUACUUUCGUGGACAACCCAUUCUCAUGGACCCAAAUUGCCAGCAUCAUCUUCCUAGAUGCACCAGUUGGCACUGGUUUCUCCUACUCAACUACUCAGGAAGGUUACAAUAGCAGUGACACUGAAUCAGCAGAAGCCGUGUACCAAUUUCUCCGGAAGUGGUUGAUCAAACAUCCCAAGUUUAGAUACAAUCCACUCUACAUUGCUGGAGAUUCAUAUUCAGGCAUCAUUGUUCCUCAAGUCACUCUUAAAGUAUCAGAUGGUAAUCGUAAUGGGAUCAGGCCAUCCAUGAAGCUCCAGGGAUAUCUACUUGGAAAUCCUGUAACAGAGUUACAUAGCGAUGAGAAUUCAAGAAUAGAAUUUUACCACCGCGUCACACUAAUAUCCAGUGAACUUUAUGCGUCUAUCCGAGAAAGUUGCCAAGGGGAAUAUGUUAAUCCAAAUGUAAGCAGUUCAGAUUGCAUGGACGACAUUGGACUUGUUGCAGAGUGCACUAUACCAGUAGAUGAUGCAAACAUUCUGCAACCAAAAUGUUCCUGGGCAUCUCCAAAAUUAGCAGAUGGAUCAAUAAAACGAGGGUUGAAAUUUUUCGACGACAUCCCAGAUGAAAUCAUUCGAUCACCAACUAAACGACAAGAACAUUGGUGUCGUAAUGACAAUUAUGUGCUCUCUUAUAUAUGGGCGAAUGAUGCAACAGUCCAAGCAGCUCUCAGUAUUCGAAACGGUACCAUAACAGAUUGGAAGAGGUGCAAUAAGAGCUUGGCUUAUGACUCUAAUUUGUUGAGCGUGGUUGAGUACCAUCGAGAACUCAUAGGAAGAGGCUACCGAUCUUUGAUCUACAGCGGUGAUCAUGACGGGUUGAUUCCAUAUAUCGGUACACUAACGUGGAUCAGAUUUCUCAACUUGAGUACUGCCGAUGGAUGGAGACCGUGGUAUGUCAACGGAAAUGUUGCAGGAUUUACUGAGAAGUAUACAAAUGACGUGUCAGAUGGAUUGACCUUUGCAACUCUAAAGGGAGCGGGUCACACAGCUCCAGAAUACAUGCCUGAGCAAGCUCUUGAUAUGAUGGAUAGAUGGUUGGCUCACUAUCCUCUGUGAUUAUGAGAAAAAAAAUGUUGGCACCUGCUAGUUGAUUAAGUCAGCUGUUCGAGUAUUUUCCAUAUAUACGCAAGGUAGCAUUUUCAGGAUUUUAUAUGAAUCACACCCAUUUUUGUGAUGUAAUAUCUCCUCCAAUAAUAUUCUUGUUCAUGAUGUAUGGUUAUGAUCCUCUUCGCACGGAUUAGUCUCUGGGCUUAAGAAGCGUUUGAGGAUACAGUGUGAUUUCGAUAAAAAAAUUAAAAAAUGGGUAUGAUUAUGAACUUUUGUUUGA